CCUCCCACCAAAGGAAGAUCCUCCAAAAUAUUCUCUCUCUCUCUCUCUCUCUCUCUCCACUCUAAACAAUUUUUGGAAUCCAAUUCUAUUUAAUUCACACGCAUUGUAUCAAUCAAUAAAUGUACAGAUCUGGGCAUUUUUUGGUGUACUUGAUGGUUUGAGGAUUUGACAAGGUUAAUGAGUAUGUCUGGGCCAGGUCAGGCCGUGGAGGAUGUGAAUUCUCCGGCGAAGGCAGCCGAGGACCACAGGCCGAACCGGCCCGGUUGUUGUAAUCCGGUGAAGAAGCCGGGACCGGUGUCGAUGGAUCAUGUAUUGGCAGCAUUGAGAGAAACAAAGGAAGAGAGAGAUUCAAGAAUUAGGAGUUUAUUCAAUUUUUUUGACAGGGCUAAUGUGGGUUAUUUGGAUUAUGGGCAAAUCGAGACGGGUUUGUCUGCGCUGCAAAUUCCGGCGGAGUAUAAGUAUGCGAAGGAGUUGUUGAGCGUUUGCGAUGCUGAUAAGGAUGGGAGGGUGGAUUAUCAGGAGUUUAGGAGGUAUAUGGAUGAUAAGGAGCUUGAGCUUUAUAGGAUUUUUCAGGCUAUUGAUGUCGAGCAUAAUGGGUGCAUUUUACCUGAGGAGCUUUGGGAUGCACUUGUUAAGGAUGGGAUUGAAAUUGAUGAUGAUGAACUUGCUCGUUUUGUGGAGCAUGUUGAUAAGGAUAAUAAUGGAAUUAUAACUUUUGAAGAAUGGAGAGAUUUUCUUUUCCUCUAUCCCCACGAGGCAACUAUUGAAAACAUCUACCAGUAUUGGGAAAGGAUAUAUCUUGUAGAUAUCGGCGAACAGGCUGUCAUUCCUGAAGGCAUCAGUAAGCAUGUUCAUGGUACCAAAUAUUUGAUUGCAGGAGCAGUGGCAGGAGCUGCUUCUCGUACUGCAACUGCUCCUCUCGACCGCCUUAAGGUGAUUUUACAGGUUGAGACCGCACGUACUUCUAUUAUUCCCGCUGUUAAGAAGAUAUGGAAAGAAGGUGGUUUCUUGGGGUUUUUCCGAGGUAAUGGGUUAAACGUUAUGAAGGUUGCCCCUGAAAGCGCCAUCAAAUUUUACACUUAUGAAACGUUGAAGAAGGUUAUUGGAGACGCUAAAGGGGAAGACAAGGCUGAUAUAGGAACUUCAGGGCGGCUUAUUGCUGGUGGUGUGGCUGGUGCAGUGGCACAAACUGCUAUUUAUCCAAUGGAUCUUGUAAAAACCCGGUUACAGACUUAUGCUUGUGAAGGUGGGAAGGUUCCGAGCUUGGGAAAACUAUCAAAAGAUAUAUGGGUUCAGGAAGGACCUCGGGCCUUUUAUAGAGGCAUUGUUCCAUCUCUUCUUGGAAUUAUUCCUUAUGCUGGCAUCGACUUAGCAGCCUACGAGACCCUGAAAGAUCUUUCAAAGAUAUAUAUUCUACAUGAUGGUGAACCUGGACCUCUUGUGCAACUAGGUUGUGGGACGAUAUCCGGAGCUCUUGGAGCAACAUGUGUUUAUCCAUUGCAGGUCAUCAGAACAAGAAUGCAAGCUCAACAUUCUAAUACAUCUGCUCCUUACCAAGGAAUGUCUGAUGUAAUUCGAAGAACUGUUCAGCAUGAAGGUUUUAGAGGUUUUUACAAAGGACUUCUCCCAAAUCUUCUCAAAGUAGUACCAGCAGCAAGCAUUACAUAUCUGGUAUAUGAAACCAUGACAAAGAGUCUAGAUCUUGGUUAGGUGAGCUGUGGUCAUGCUGGAUGGCUUCUACUCAUUUGGAAGUCGGAAAUUGGUAAUGCAUCUGACGAUGAUAAGAACAAUAAGAUUACUUUUAUUAGAGGUGGAGGGUAAUUUCCUUUGGGAUAGCCACAGGGUUUUGUGCUGAAGAAAUUGCUUCUCAGGCCUCCGUGACUAAUUACACUGAAAAAUGAGGAUAGUCUUCAAUUGACAUUUGCCUGUUUAACGCUAGGUAUGAUACAUUACACUUUUGCCACAUCUCUAAAAUGAGUAUAAAAGGAGUAGACCUUGCCAUUUUUGUCAUAUUGAUGAUACAAAGAAAUGUCAAACUUUAUUUCCUUGUAACCGUUUUUGGUGGACAAAAUGUUGCAAGCAAGUUUUAUUAUAU